CAAUGAUUUGAUGUGUGUCACGGUCUGAAAAAUGGUGUGAAAGAAUUUGCUGAGUUGCCAUGGGGAUUUGCACCAACAUGAUUGAACAUUCUUCAGGCAUGACGCUUCGAACAGUCUGAAAUGGCAUCAGAGAACAUUACCACAGAUGCACAAACUAUAUUCUUCAACGAGAGCUUUUUCAACGCCACCACCAGCGUGGACCUCAUCUACCACCAACACCGAUACAUCUCCUUUCCAGGCCAAGUCAUCAUCACCACCAUCUACUUAUUCGGUGCCACUGCCAACAUAUGCUCCUUGUUGUUGUUGUCGAGAGGCGAGACGGCCCGCAAUCGGAAACUGACCCUCAUGAUCCGGUGUCUGGCCGCUAGCGAUCUCAUGGCCCUGUGCAGCUCCCUUAUCUUGGUGUACAUGCUGAUCUACUUACAUCCUCAUCUGUUGGCAAGUCGCUGGUUCUGUGGACUGAGGGUACUCACUCGGUUUUUCGGGUUCAGCUCUGGCAGUGUUGCUUCUGUGAUGGCGAUUGAACGUUUCAUCGCACUCACCACACCUUUUUUCUACCAAAAACAUAUCACACACAAACUCAUCAAAAGAGCCAUUUUUAUUUUGUGGUUCAUCGUACUUUUUGUGGUGCUACUACCGCUAGCUGGCUUUGGACUCUACUACGAAGAAGACGCUGAGACUGGUGCAUACUCCUGCGCGCGAUACCGCCAAGCAACUAAGCCAAGCGAUGUUGCCUAUGCAUAUGUUGUCUUUGGUUUCGGCACAGCCAUGUGUUUGGUAAUCGUCAGCUGCAAUCUUGCAGUGGUGGGUGCCUUGUGCCGCCUCAGCCCCGAGAGCAGCAAAGUCCGCCGCACUACAGUAUCCAAAGACCACCGGGAGCUAGCUUUCAACCAUACCACACAAGAGGAACUAUCCUUCGCCAAACUCAUGGUUGUCCUCUGCGUUUUCUACGUUGCUUGCUGGUUACCUCAAAUGGUGACCAUCAUCAUUGCCCAGGUGAAUCCGGAUUUGAAAAAGCAUGUCUUCUUCCGGUUGGCUGACGUGUGCACGGCGACCAACUUCGUCCUGGAUCCCAUCAUAUACGUCCUGUCGCGUCGCCCCCACAGGCGUGGUUUGAGGCGGCUCCUGAAACCGAUCUGUCACCACUGCUGGACACAACCAGACAUAUCCAGCUGCACCGGAUCCAACAGCCAAGGUCAGGAAAUGUCCAGAAAAUAAGCUGUUUUGUGCCAGAACUUUCCGGAACUCCAGGAUUUUGAAGACAUUAUUACCCUUUUCAGAGACAUUUACCAAUUAUUUAUUGACGUUUUACCUACUAAUUUCAAAACUAUUGAAUUUGACUCUGUAAAAUAAAACUUAA